CGCCCGUACACUAUUGAAUCUUAGUUGACGGUGGCUGGAAAAGGACAAUGGUUUCCAUGUCAGCGGGUAAACGCACUCGUCUAAUCCUUCAACGGCAGGGAAGCAUGUUGUAGUGAGUGCGUGCUGAGGAGAGAGUGUGUGCUAAGGGACACAGUGUUCAAAAGAGCCAGAGUCAUGGCGCGCCGAGGCUUAGUGGCUGGGCCAGGCUUUGAGUAUUUCCGGCGACGCUAUUUCACGCCGACGGAGGUGGCACAACAUAACCGGCCUGAAGACCUUUGGGUGUCUUACCUGGGCUGCGUGUACAACCUAACCCCGUUGGCACAGGAAUAUAAGGGGAACCUGCUGCUGAAACCCAUAGUGGAAGUUGCAGGCCAGGACAUCAGCCACUGGUUUGAUCCAAAAACCAGAGACAUCCGCAAGCACAUAGAUCCGCUAACCGGUUGCCUGAGGUACCGCACUCCACGGGGCCGCUUCGUGCACGUCCCGCCUCAGCUGCCGCGUUCUGAUUGGGCUAAUGAUUUCGGGAAGCCCUGGUGGAAGGGGUCUCAAUAUGAGGUGGGGCGGUUGUCUGCCAAGACUCGAAACAUCUGUAUUGUUAACACGCUUACGUCGCAGGAGCACAUACUGGAGGUGGGUGCUCUGGAGUCAAUGUGGGAAAUUCUACAUCGCUAUCUCCCCUAUAAUGCACAUGCUGCAAGCUACACAUGGAAAUAUGAAGGGAAGAACCUGAACAUGAAUUGUACCCUGGAAGAAAAUGGGAUCCGGGAUGAGGAGGAAGAGUUUGACUAUCUUAAUAUGGAUGGUACACUCCACACACCGGCAGUACUGCUCUACUUCAAUGAUGACCUCACAGAGCUAUAGGAAAGAUAUGUGCUCUCCUAGACUGAAGACAUAUUUUGAGUUUGCCUUUUUCUGUGCUUUGAGGAAGAGGUCAGGGUGUGGAGUGCCUGGACCUAGACCUCCAUUUCCCUCUUGAACUGGCUUGUGGUUGGUUCCUUUGCUCUUGUAAAAUGUAAGAGUCCUAUUACCCAGCUCCUUUAUGAUUUGCUCUGAGAAUAUUAGGAGAAUGCUAGAAGUGAAUUAAACUUUAAGAAUGACACGUGAAGACAUAGGAUCUUGGAUUAGGGGGAUGUAGAGGAGGAAA